CAACCAACCAUAAUAUCAUCUACAAUGGCAACAUACCUCAUCACCGGCUCCUCACGAGGCCUAGGUCUAGCACUCGCCACCCGUCUGGCCAGUCUCCCCAAAUCAGACGUGGGGAGUAUAUUCGCCACGUCCCGUCGCGACAACGCCAAGCUGAACGAAUUGGUGGAGUCGUCCGAUCGGGUGGGAUUUGUGCCUAUGGAUGUCACGGAUGAGCGUAGUAUUGCUGAGGCUGUUAAAUUGGUGGAGAUUCGACUUCAGGGGAGGGGGUUAGAUGUUUUGAUUAACAAUGUGGGUGUGAUGCCUGCUACCAGGGGGGGAAUUGAGAAGAUGGAUGAUUUGAUGGAAACCUUCAAUACGAAUGUUGCCAGCACUCAUCUGGUGACAAAGGCAUUUCUCCCUCUCCUGCGCAAGGGACAGCGGAAGACAGUAACCAACAUAUCAACCACGCUCGGAUCCAUCAACAUGGCCUCGAACUACAAAUUCAUGCCUGUCCCUGCAUACAAAAUCACCAAAGCAGCGUUGAACAUGCUGACGGUGCAAUAUGCCCAAUCAUAUGCAGAUGAGGGAUUUACCUUUUUCGCCGUCAGUCCGGGUUGGCUCCAAACCGACCAAGGCGGCUCGCGAGCAGAUCUCACCCCAGAAACCGGCGCUGAAGCAGUCGUCAAAACAAUUCAAAAUGCCACGCCGGCUGAAAAUGGUAGAUUCUUCAAUAUCCACGUGCCUGGAUGGGAGAAACAUGACGGGUUGAAUCAGUAUAAUGGCAGCGAGGUGCCUUGGUGACGGCCAUCUGUCUGAGGUAUCUCGGGUUUUAUUUCAUUUGAUACAGAGUGUAUAUAGUGAUUUGCUUCGGGCUUCAGAGUUGAUAGAUAGAUCCAAUCAAGGACAAUAUACCCGUAUCAUAUGCGGGCAGCCGUUUAGGUAUC